CAUUUCCAUCUUUGCGCGCCUACAUACACUUCAAGUUCUCCUCACUCGUGUUCGUUGUCGCAAACGUCCUCCGUCUUUAUCUUCUUCCUGGUUGUUCGACUGGAAGCACGACUGCGAGCUGUGAACCAAAGACGAAGAAAGCGAAACGGUUCUCGGUACUCGAUAGCUCAGCACGGCUCACACACGACAUUGCCAUGAAAGCGACCAUCUAGAACGUGCCCGACAUACAUAGAACAAGAACGUCGUCUUCGCCACUUCGAUCGCUAUAAUGUCCGACAACAGACGCCGUAACGGCCCUCUAGGUACCUGGGUGCCGCUGGUUGUGACGGCUGCCGUUGCUACCGUCAGUGUCGCAGCAUGGAUCUGGAGCCAGCGCAAGGACCGGACCGGCGAACACGACACCAACUCGACCGUCCAGGAACUUGACUACGAGAACGCCGACUACGGUGACAACCCGCCCUACGGAGCCACUGGCGAAGGCCGUCUGAAGCCACCAGCCCAAGCACAACAGGCCGAAGGAGGAUGGGGCCCCCGGCGCACCCCGAGUCCGGCCGACUUCUUCAACAGCGCGAAGCGACAGGUUGCCGCCGGCGUGACUGCAGCGGGCGCAGCUGUGGGUACCGCCCUUUCCGCCAUCCGUGAGGAAGACAGCCUGAGGAGCGAAUUUGCUGACGACGAGACGUGGUCCGACCCGGAUGCCAAAAAACAGGUUGAGAAUGCUACUCCUUCCAGAAAUGAUACGCCCGCUGUUCAGCCUACCACUAGUAGUGCCCCGGUCCCCGCUCCCGCUGCUACUACAACUACCACCACUACUACUGCCACCUCAAACAAGAACCAACGCCGGAAAAAGGUUGCCAUCAUAGUCUCGGCCGAUAACCAUGUGGAACCCGGUGACGAAGAGUAUCAUGAACAUGCUUCCAUCCUCUCCCACAUCCCCCGUAACAUCGACCUCUCCCUUACCAAGCUCUACAUCCUGAUCUACGCCCCUCAACUCAAGGACAAGUCCGAAGGCUCCUCCAAGCCUGCGUCGCUAAGCUCUUCCUUCUCCAACAUCGAGGCCGAGACCCCCGCCGAGACACCUGCCGAGAGCAAGGACAAGGACCCUCUUGCCGACUCUGCCUACACGUCCCUCUACAACCAAGCCGCCGCUCUCGUUUCCAAGCCUUCGCAUAUCCUGACCUUCUCCACCCCCGCCGGCCACUCCCACAUUUUGCGUCACAUCCAGCCCGAAAUCAUCUACCUCCAGGAAUCUCUGGCCGGCCCCGACGGCAGCGUCAUCACUUCGCUCCAGACAUGGCUAAGGCACGACAUUGUAUUGGUGGUUGGCGCCGAGCAAGGAGACGGCGGUCUGGCGGACUCUGACUCUGAGGACGAUGAUACAGAGAAGAAUGGAGAGAAGGAGAAGAAGGACAAAGAGGUCAAGUGGUGGCAGAAGGAAGAGCGAGUGGGGCGAGGGAGGGGAGUUAUUGUGGUGGAUGUGAGGGCGGGCAAGUUGGGGGAUGAUUGGGUUAGGAGGGUUCAGGGACAGGAGUGAGCUGGGGCUGCUGAGACGGGUGAGUGAUGAUGAUAUCCAUGUUUCGUUGUUGUUGUAUACCAUUCUGCUAUUUGGAUACGAUGGAAUACGACAGAAGCGGGCCAGUGUUUUUUUUU